GCGAUCUCAUCAUUUUUUGUACAAUUUUCACUGCGGUAGCGUUUCGUUGCCAGAGGAACGGCUAAUUUCUUUGGGGAUUUUCCCCAAAAGUUUUGGGACUUGAGAUUUAGAGCUCGCUUAAUUCCGUGCAUUAUUAAAGAGUAGCAGAAACUAGUAGCGAGAUGUCCCUUGAUCUGUAUGAACAUCUCAAGGUGGUCGGCAAAGGCAGCUAUGGAGAAGUGUGGCUGGUCAGAAACAAGAAAGACAAAAAACAGUUUGUUAUCAAGAAAAUGGAGCUUCUCCGUGCCUCCAAGAGGGAGAAGAAAGCUGCCGAACAGGAAGCAAAGCUACUGUCCAAGCUACGUCACCCCAAUAUCGUAUCCUACAAGGAUUCCUUUGAGAGUGAGGAGGGUUUCCUCUACAUAGUGAUGGGCUUCUGUGACGGUGGAGAUCUGUACAACAGACUCAAGCAACAGAAGAAUGCAGCCUUAGAGGAACGCCAGGUGGUGGAGUGGUUUGUGCAGAUCGCCAUGGCUUUACAGUAUAUGCAUGAGCGGAACAUUCUCCAUCGGGACCUGAAGACGCAGAAUAUUUUCCUGACCAAGAGCAAGAUCAUAAAGGUCGGUGACCUGGGCAUUGCAAGGGUUCUGGAAGGCAACAAUGACAUGGCUACAACCCUAAUUGGGACACCCUAUUACAUGAGCCCAGAGCUAUUCAGCAAUAGGCCUUACAAUCACAAGUCUGAUGUAUGGGCCUUGGGUUGCUGUGUUUAUGAGAUGACCACACUCAAACAUGCAUUCAAUGCAAAGGAUAUGAACUCUUUAGUUUACAAGAUACUGCGUGGAAAGAUGCCUGCAAUGCCUCAACAGUACAGCAUAGAGCUGGUUGAACUCAUCAAGGCUACCCUGAAUCAGAGUCCAGAGAAAAGACCUAGUGUGUCCAGAGUCCUACGCAACCCCUACAUCAAGAAACACAUAGCCAUCUUCCUAGAGGGAACAAGAGCAAGAAGACCGAGUACAUCUUCUGAGAGUAGUAGAAGGGGGUCUAAAGCUGACCUGCAGGAAAUUGAAGAGCAGUCCACACAAGACAACGAAUCUGGCGGAAAAGAUCUGCCUGCUAUUUCUGAGGUUCCUUCCAAAAAGCCGGUAAGAGAUAACCAGAGUAAAUCUUCCAUUCCAAGGCCUAGUUCAGCAGGCAAAGAAAGGAAGAGUGCCCAAGGUGUCAGGAAGUCAGUCCCAUCAGCGAGCAAGGAAGGGAAGUCACGUAGCAAUGUCAAAACACCCUCAGAGCCCAAGCUACCACUCAAGAAGUCACGGCCUCUACCUGUUCCUCCCAAAGGUGGAACUCCAGAGACAAGCAAAGGUGCUAAGAGGUCAACAAACUCAGCAGGUUCCUCAAGAACUUCAUCCUCCAGUUCAGUGAGCAGUUCUAGAGAUGAUGCAAGCACACCAAGAACAGAUCAGAGAGGUUCUUCUGCCAGAACUCGUAGGAGAGAGAAGCUGAGAGAGUCACAGGAGCAGCAGUCACCAUUAUCACACGUGAGGAGAAGUUCUGAUGCAGUUAACCGCAGUCAUGAUGAACCAGACAGUAACCAUCCUAGGAGACCGGUAGCUCAUACUAAAUCUGACCCUGGCUCUAAGGAUUCAUCAUCAUCAUCAUCCUCAGCCUCAGCGUCGCUCUCCAGGGAUGAAAGAUCCAAUCGACAUGCCCGCACAGAGAGCAGAGAUACAGACUCAACGAUAUCGGAUGAUGAGGAUGAAGACACCAAGCGCUCAGGCAAAAAGAAGGGUGAUGAUGAUGAAAUUGAGGAGUUCUCCAACCUUCUUGCAACAACUCUGAGGAUUGAAAAGAACAAGAACAAGAAAGUAGGAGAGGAAGGUGGAGACUUUGGUCGAGAUUCUCCCGAUACCCCGGAGGAACCCAGCCCACCACCCUCAGCAAGACCAGGAUCUGGAACAAAUCUCAAUGGAACUCUGGAUAUAGCCAUAGAAGCAGCGGCUCCCAGAGCACCCAAAGGACUCGGCAAUGCAACGAUGACAACAUCUGGUCGUCUGAUGGACCGCAUCGCCAUGCUGAGGAAAGACAUCAUGCAAGGCAUCGGCAUCGAGCUACUAACCAAGGCUUAUGAGCUCUUAGAGAAGGAUGAUGACGAAGAUACAGAGGCCCAGUUAUUGCAGUUGUUGGGGAGAGAGAAGUUUGAAAUCUACGGAGGAAAAAUAUGGCAGCUCAAAUUCUGUGAAGAGACUGUGUUUGGAUGAAAAUUGUCUCACGUCACGCCAGCCAGGAAGCAUUUCCAAGCAUUGUGAGAGGAGAGGAAGGAAGUGAAUAUUCUAUGAAUUCAUUUCUUCAUCAGUGUGUGUUUUGUUGGUAAAAGAAAGGUGAGAGUGAUGGUCGAUAUGUGCUAACCAGUUAUGGGUGUUUGAUACCAAGAUGUUUUGAUAAACGAAAGCCUGUGUUUAGGUGAGAUGAUGUCCAUAUAAGGAAGAAAAGUAAUGCCUCAUGGCGAAAUUUGUACUAGAUCUUUCGGUCAACCCAUGAUGCUACUUUAUACCAUAUUCUUCAUGUUAGCUGCAAGUAUGGACCAAUGAUUUGAAAGGUAUUUUCUGUUCAACAUGUAAGGCUGUAAGUAUAGAUGUUAGUAUAGGUCUCUACCUAUUUUCCUACUGUGAUAGGUUAUAGGAAUUUUCUUUGUCCCCUGUCUUGUGAGUCUGCGAUCAUUUAAAACCACCAUUACAUAUUACCUCUAUUAUAGUUAUUGAGUUUUUAUUGAUUAUCAUAUAUAAUAUAUUACUCUAAAUCUGUAAUUUAUACAUGGAUGAUGAAUUCUAUGAAUUGUAAAUAAGAUGUUAGAUAUAAGAUAUGAAAGCAGAAGGUAAAUGGUUGUGGAGAGUUGUGUGUUUGUUUGUUAUCCGUCCACAUGUGUACAGAAUUUAGUACUGUUGUGAGGUUCACCAUUGAUUUGAAUUAACUUUACCAUGAAACCUAGAAAAGUCUCUUUAUAUUAUUGCAGCAUUCUCAUGAUCAUUUUCAUAGUCAUAAUUUAAUAAACAAUUAAUUAGGGUAAGGAAAGUUUUUAUAGAGGCGAUGUGAAAUAAAGAACACCAAAUGCAUAGUCAAACAUACAAAACAUGUAGUUGGUUCUUUGCCUAAAAGCCACCAAAACAUGCACUAUAUUAUUAUGAUCAAGCCAAGAAAAAGUAGGAACAGCAUAUCAAAGUACAAAAAUGUUUUUUAAUGUAAAUUCAUCACUCAAGAAAUUUUCAGCCCAGAUCCCAGUCUCAAAAUCAGGCUGAGUAUAUAAAGAGCAGAUACCAUGUAUUCUGCUCUUUCUGGAAGAGAGAAAACAUUGAAUGUAUCCGCAAGCACCUAUUUUACUGAUGCGGAGAAGUCAUAUUUUUUCCAGGUGUCAUGGUGAUAUCUCACUUUCAUGAAUAAAUUAACUUUUCAUUCAUUUAAUGAUUUAUGUUUUGCUUGGUUAGGAUAAGCUAAUCAAUUCAAUGCAAAUUCAAUUUAUUUAUGUUUUCAGACAAAGGUCACUCAUUACAAAAAAAAAUGUUUUGUUAGGAGUUGCAGUCUGUAUAUUUUCUCAAUCUCUCCUGUAAAACAUCAAUUAGUGCAUGCUUGUAGGUAUGUGCUUGCUUCAGAUUCUGGCUUGAUAGAUUCUUCACAGUUACAUAUAUUUCUAUGAUUUGUUUUCUUUGUCUAUCUAGCUUAAACAUAACCUAAAGUAUUCAAUGUGAUGACCUUUUUUCCAGUCUGUAUUCAAAAAUUUGCUCUGAAAACCAGAAAAAAUUAUUAUAUCCUUAUCUUCACAGUGUUCUAUGUUCACAUGCUUAUAUCCUUCUAAGUAAUAUUUCAUAUGUAUUCUAUUUACUUAAAUCUGUUGUGAUGUUCUCAUAUUUACUCAGUACUAAAUAAAAGGAACUGUAGAAUCAGGAAUGCUUGAAUUUCCAAGACAUGUAUAUUCUGUCUAGAAUAGUUUAUGAUUGUAUUCAAAAGGUAGGAUUUGCUGAAAGCUUACUAUACUGUCAGUGUGGUAUUUAUUAUUGUUUUUCUGUUUCCUGGAAAGCAAUUAACAUUCAUACAAUGUGUAUUCAAUCCCCUUUGUAUUAA